UGUGGGGCGCGGGGUGCCGGCCGCCUUCCCGCCUGGCUCCGCCGGUGGAGGUGGUGGGGCCAUCCCGGGGCGGCGGGGCCUGUCCGAGCCCUCGGGGCUGGCGGGGGCGGUGCUCCCGCCGGCAGCCGGGACUUCCUGUGACAACCCAUUUCCUGGUCGGAUGGGGCCGGCGGGGGGCGGCGGCGGGGUCGGUCCCUGACGGGCUCGGUGGCCGUCGGGAGCUCCGCCAGGCAGCGAUGCGGGCCCCGGGCCCUGCCGGCAGGCGACCCCCGCCGUGACCCGCCGCGGGCAGCCUGGUGGGGCUACGGCAGGCCGGCCCUCGGGUGCAUGGAGGCACCCCCCGCCCGCAGAGAGGUACCGGGCGGGGGGCCCUGUCGGUCGGGGCUCCCUGAGGGGGCUGCGGCGGCCCCGGCCGUGCAGUGGGGAUAAUCGUCUUUCCCCUCCCGUUAUCCCCACCUCUCCCUGUGGUUUUGCAGGUGUGAAUCCCCCGGAGGACACCGCGCCUGGCUCGGCUUGGCCCCGCAAGACGAGCGGCCCCGGGUGUCCCUCGCCGGGCCCGGCCGGGCUGCAGGAGGGACAAGGCAGAGGGGUUGGGACCUUAAAAAUAGCAUCGCCCCCAUUAACCAGGCAGCUGCUGCUGCUGCCUCCUGAGAAAUGAAGAAGUUUUUCGACUCGCGUCGGGAGCAGGGUGGCUCUGGCCCGGGGUCGGGCACCAGCGGCGGCGGCGGCGGCAGCGGCGGCCCGGGCAGCGGGUACAUCGGGCGGGUGUUCAGCAUCGGCCGGCACCAGGUGACGGUGGACGAGGUGCUGGCGGAAGGUGGAUUUGCAAUAGUGUUUCUUGUGAGGACUAGCAAUGGGAUGAAGUGUGCCCUUAAGCGUAUGUACGUCAAUAACGAGUAUGACUUGCAAGUCUGCAAAAGAGAAAUCCAGAUCAUGCGGGAUCUGUCUGGCCACAAGAACAUUGUUGGAUACAUUGACUCCAGUAUAAACUCAGUAAGUAGCGGUGACGUCUGGGAAGUGCUGAUACUGAUGGACUUCUGUCGAGGAGGUCAAGUGGUGAACCUCAUGAACCAGCGCCUGCAGACGGGGUUCACGGAGAAUGAGGUCCUGCAGAUCUUCUGUGACACCUGCGAAGCUGUAGCCAGGUUGCAUCAGUGUAAAACGCCAAUAAUCCACAGGGAUUUGAAGGUUGAAAACAUCCUGCUGCACGAUCGUGGCCACUAUGUCCUGUGUGACUUUGGAAGUGCUACUAACAAAUUCCAGAACCCUCAAACAGAAGGGGUGAAUGCGGUAGAGGAGGAGAUCAAAAAGUACACUACGUUAUCCUAUAGAGCGCCAGAAAUGGUCAACCUCUAUAGUGGCAAACUUAUUACUACAAAAGCAGACAUAUGGGCCCUUGGCUGUUUACUGUACAAACUGUGUUACUUCACCUUGCCGUUUGGGGAGAGUCAGGUGGCGAUCUGUGAUGGCAAUUUCACCAUUCCAGAUAAUUCUCGGCACUCGCAAGACAUGCACUGCCUCAUCCGGUAUAUGCUUGAGCCAGACCCUGAUAAGAGACCUGAUAUUUAUCAAGUCUCCUACUUUGCAUUCAAAUUGGCAAAGAAGGAAUGCCCAGUCCAGAAUGUCCAGAACUCUCCGAUCCCCACUAAACUCCCAGACCCGGUUAAAGCAAGUGAAGCUGCUGCAAAGAAGAGUCAACCAAAGGCCAGGCUGACAGAUCCCAUCCCUACGACAGAAACGUCCAUAGCACCCCGCCAGAGACCUAAAGCAGGGCAGACACAACCCAACCCUGGAAUUUUACCCAUUCAGCCAGCCCUGACGCCUAGGAAGAGACCCACCGCUCAAGCAGCCAUUCAGCCACAAGUUGCAGGACCCGCUGCCCUGGGCAGUGGGCAGCCUUCGCUCCCUGCCAACGUCCCCCAGCAAAAAGCAGCCCCUCAACAGACUCCAGCACAGCCGCAAGCCAAGCAGGCGCCAGCUCCGCAGCAAGCCUCCCAGGCGCAGCCCCAGGUCCCUUCUACUCAGCCCCAAGCGACGCCUCAGCAUCAACAGCAGCUUUUCUUGAAGCAGCAGCUUCUGCAACAGCAGCAGCAGCAACAGGCUGCGUAUUACCAGCAGCAGCAGCAGAUGAUGCAAGCCCAGCAGUUCCCAGUGAUGCAGCAAGGAGCGCCAGCGCAGCAGCAGCUGAUGCAGAACUAUUACCAGCAGCAACAGCAGCAGCAGCAGAUGAUGGCCCAGCAGGCAGCAAUGCAGCAGAAGACGGCGGUAGCAGCAGUUCAGCAAAAGCAGCAAACCCCAGCGCAGCCCCCCCAGGCCCAGCAAAGCGCGGCCCAGACAGCGCAGCCACAGGAGCAAGCGGUGCAGGCACAAAUGAGGCAACAGCAAAAACCUCAGACCACUCCCCCCACAGCAAUGCAAGGGCAGAAGCUGGGCUCUCUCACCCCUCCGUCCUCCCCCAAGACGCAGCGUGCAGGACACAGGAGGAUUCUGAGCGAUGUGACCCACAGUGCAGUUUUUGGGGUUCCGGCCAGCAAGUCUACCCAGCUCCUGCAGGCAGCUGCUGCUGAAGCCAGUCUCAACAAGUCCAAAUCUGCUUCCACCACACCCUCGGGUUCCCCAAGGACCUCACAGCAGAAUGUCUAUAACCCGCCUGAUGUCUCCACGUGGAAUCCCUUUGACGACGAUAACUUCUCCAAGCUGACAGCUGAGGAGCUGCUGAACAAGGACUUUGCAAAGCUAGGUGACGGGAAAGCUCCAGAAAAGAUGAGCAGUUCCACAGAGAACUUGAUUCCAGGUUUCCAGCCAGCUUCAUCUGCAGCCCAGGCAGAUGCAUUCGGUGGCUCUUCCUUCACUGCUGGAUCAGCUGAAAAAACAAAAGACAUUCUGAGUCUGGACGCUAGCCCUCCUCUCCUGACUGUGCCUGAUCCUUUCACUCCUCUCGCAUUAUCCGACACGCCAGGUCUGCAGAGGGAUCCAGCCCUUUUUCCAGUUGUAGCUCUUGAACUCUCUAGAGGACCUUCCAGCAACGAUGGACUUGCUUUGUACAAGGGUCAGUCUGAGACACUGAAAACGCAGCACAACGCAGAGUCAGACUACUUAGCAAGAGAUGGUCCUUCAAGCAACAGCUCCUUCUACAGCAGUGAAGGAGAGGGGACAGACCACGAAGGAGAUAUUUUGGAUUGCAGCGGGUCCAGGCCUUUACUGAUGGAUUCGGAAGAGGAGGAGGAAACCUGCAAGCUGUGCGCAGGGUCCCCGCAGUCUGCGCCCCGGGAAAGACGCGAGGCCUCCAAAGAAGAUCCCCACUCCCAGUCUUCCCAGAGUAGAGCGGGGGAGAUGCUGUUCCCUUCCUUCCAGUCACACACCGGCGAGGUUUUUAACGAACCGGAUGUUUUCGCCACGGCUCCUUUCCGAAGCUCGAGAAAAGUGCCUGAUGAGGUGGAUGUCUUUACCAAAGCUCCUUUUAUCUCCAAGGGCAACGUGGCUCACAGACACCCAGAAGAAGCAGAUGUAUUUCUGAGAGCUCCUUUCACUAAAAAGAAAAGCGUGGAAGAGUUGACUUCCCAUAGUAUGUCUAAGGAACCGUUCACACCACCUGUUUUCCUAAGUCAAGGAGGUGAUGUCCAGCACAGAGCUAACCCGAUGUUCCCAAGUCUGGAUUCAGCAAUGUGUGGGUCCGUGGCCUCAGUGAGAUCUCAGUAUUCCUCUGCCGGGUUUACCCAGCCAAGCAAUCUUCAUCCCUCGUCUGUAAGAGCUGUGGAGACCCAGGAGAACGUCCCUUCUAAAGGUGUGCUGCAAGAGCAGGCUGGCAUUCCCGGUGAGAGAAGCCAAGGAGGACACGCGCUGCCCCAGGAAGCGGUGCUGGGCUCCGUGGUUAACCAGCCUUUCCGUCCACAAUCUUUGUCAAAAUAUUCCCGUCACUACAGUCCGGAAGAUGGGCAGGGUCUCGAAGUCAAGCCCAUAGCUGCUUAUAAAGUGGUUUCUCAGACCAACAGACAGGCGAUAUCAGGAUCUGUCUCGGUUGCCCCUCUGUCUUCCAGGACUACAGAGCUGCCCGGCGGGGAUCCGUUUGCUUCCGCACCCUUUCCUUCCAAAGCGGGAAAGCAAAAGCCUUAAUCUGCUGUGAGCUGGGAGGGGUGCUUCCCAAAGGACCGCCUCUCACAGGACCUUGAACCUCUUAGUUGAAAUGAAUGACAUAGCGAGAUAUAUAUAUAUAUAUAUAUAAAAAAUAAUUAUUAUUUUUUGGUCAGAACUCUAUUUGCAGUGAUACAUAGUUGAACCAUUUUAAGUUAUGUUAGUUAGUCUGAAUGCCUGGCGCUCAGGAUCUUCAUAUCCUUUUCAGUUGCUUCUUACCUUCCUCCUCUCACUGUCGUGUCCCCCCCACCCCGCCAUUUAUUUUUUAGGUGCUUUUCCAAACCAGUAAUCUGUAUUUUCUGAACCUGGCUAGGGAAAUGCAUUAUAAGAUGAAUUAAAAGGCUUAUUAAUUACAGAGCAAGUCAAGCGGGACUUGCUAGUGCUCUGGAAAGGAAGUGAUUUCACAAGUUAAAGGGUUAUGGCGACUUCUUUCCUAUCAGCAGGGGCUUGGGGCCGAGAGCAAGGCUGUAUAUUCCGGCUGCUUGGCAGCGACGGCAAACCUGGCAGCUGAGGCUCCAGAGUGAUUCUGGUGAGGUGCAGACGGAGCGAGAGCCGAGCAGGCGAUGUGUGGUGCCAGGUUUGUGCCGCGCUGAUGCGAGCAGAGCCGUGGCAUCACGCACGCAGCGUUUCUUUGCUCGCUGUGGCAUGUAACGCGUGGAAGCAGUUCUGCCCGGGGGCCUGUGCUGGAGCCUGGAGGAGUUGGUGUAAGGACUCGCAGUGCCUUCAGUCACUUGUCUUGCGAGCUCUCAGAUGCAUGAACUUCAGCAAAGCAAUCUGUCAGGCUGUUACUGUUGCUGCUGUUUGGAAAAUAGAAUAAUCAGGCGAAGCUUUCCGUUUUACGUGCACAUUGCCUGUCUGGUUUAUGCCAAAGUGUAGGACCCAGAAAUUUGCUUAUGGUGUUGUGAAGGAGAGAGCCAUGCUUUUUUACAGUAUUAAAAAUACGCCUUACGGAAAAAUUUAUUAUGCAAAUAACUCAGUAGAUGUCCUGAUCUGCAUACCUCGUUUGGUGUAAUUCAGCAUUGGCUGCAAUCCGGUUGGACUGAUUUAUACUAGCAGAGAACUUGAUUCCAUAUUUGUAAAUCCUGCCUUUUGUUUUUCUGUUGAUUAAGGACGAGCCUAAACAAAAUCCAUUCACACUCCUUCGCUAAUGUUUGCUCAGCUUCAAAAAUGUUGUGCUUUCUACGCUAUUCCCAAACAGAAAGACAAUUUCUUAUUGCUUGUUCAGUCAUUGGUGUGGUGAAUCCCGAUAUGGUGUUUGGAGGAAGAAUCACCCGGGCUGGCAGCUGGGCAGAAACGAAGAAGGCUUUUUGCUCCCUUCUCUAUUCGCUAAUAGAAGGCAGAGAUUAAGAGUGAAACCUCCCGUCUUGCAAAAUGCCUGGUUGCUAAGUUGUCUUGGAUCUGCUAUUUCUGGCCCACAAGGGUUACAUGUAAGCGUGGGCUGGCUUUCAAAAUAUGCAGUUAUAGAGACUCCCAGUCGCUGAUGAAUCUUUGCAGUGCAGGAAUCCUUCCUCCGAACAGCUGUUGGUGCUGCAGAAUGUCUCCCAAGAAAAAAAUUUGGUGGUUUUAUUUUUAAGGACUUAACAUCUACGGAAAAAAAAAAUCCCCAUUGGCUCUACUAGCACCUGGCCAAGUCUCUUAAAAGCCUCGUGGUGGCCAUUUCCCAAGGAAGGUUGUUCCUUAUCGUGUCAGAUGGAGCCUUGCGCUGAGGGUAAAGGACACAGUUUGCCUUUGGGAGCGGCUUUGAGGUCUUUGGGCGUUUGCAGGGGAAUUGUUGGAGCAAUGGGUGGGUUGCUGAGAUCAGGACCGGUUGUAGGCAGAGCAGGUUCCUGCCCUGCUCGUUUUCUGGUGUGUUUGUACUGGGAAAGGACUGUGAGUACUGUCACGCUAGGAGAGGGAAGGAUCAGGCACCGCUCCUCCUGACUCACCGGAGCCACACCCGGGAGAACUUCUGCAGCCGAAAAUAGACCUCAGUCUAGUUUUGGGGGGAAAAAACCUGACACCACCCCCUGUACAUAGCUUUGUCCAAUGUCCAAAUAAUAAGCAUUAAAGGAAUGCAACAGGCAUAUUAAAGAUUCACGUGAAUGCUGCUUCAACAAAGCAGAACUUUGCACAGUCCAGGGAUGACUCGCUGCCGACGUUUAAGCCCAGCAGUGUAUGGGGAGGAUGGAUGGAGCUCAGCCAGGAGCUGACUAGCAAAGCACCUGCAGAUAGGAGUUACCACCUGCCCCAUGUUUCUUUUCCCCUCCCCGAAUUCACUUCCCUUCCAAAAUAUCCCCAGUUGCAAGAGAUGAGCCAAAAGUUCUGCUGGACACGCUCGGCGUGGGGAUUGUCUGGAAGGGAGAGGGAGAAAGCUCGGCCUGAGGUCUUCGAGCCUUGGGGACGAGAAUAGAGGAAAGCAGGGAGGCUACGCUGGCUUGCACAGACCAGUUCCUGGCAGGUAGUGACUUGCCAAGCCCAGCUCAGGUCGAGUGGUGGGGAGCUGGGAGCCUUAAUGCUUGGAGUUAAGUGAUACUGGUGCAUACUGGUGGUUUAGGGUUUUUUCUGUCCUCCGUCACUGCCUUUUGAAAGCAGAAGUACUGUAAAGAAAUUCCUGGGUUUCCCUUGAGACAUUUCAUCAGCAAAGCUGAGGCUGUUGUUUAUUGUGUUUUGCUGUUGUUGAGUUUCUUUGUUUAAAUCUAUACCCGAAAGAUGGUUGUUGGUUUUGUUUUUAAACUGUACCCACCCCCACCUCCAAGUUGGUUGUUGCUGGAUUGGAUCAUCGAGAGAUGCCGACGGCUGCGAUAGCAAACUAUGAAUUCAAGGGGUAGCAAGGAGCCCCAGCGUGAAGGCCCAGGUUCGUUUCAACACGCAGCCUGUGUCGUGGCCGCGCGUGCUGCCGGGAGGCUGGAUUUGGCCUCGAGCUGUUCAGUUCGCUCGGGAAGCUGCUGGAGGGGAGGUCAGGCCUUGGCGGCGCAGGGAUGAAUCUGCAGACCGGGGAGAUGUUUCCCUGGAGCAAGCAGGAUAAAUAAGAUGUGGGUUCAAGGUAUUACCUCUACUAACUGGAUUCAGGUUCUCCUUCCUUUCCUUCAUUUUUACUUGAAAAAUUGUUUUUGGAUAAUUCUGUGAAACUCCUUUCGAUGCCGCAUCCAGGUCUCACUCAGACGAUGCUGGAGAUGCAUUAGCCUGUUCCCCGUCACGCUCGGAGGGAAGGCCCUUGCGUCUUGCGUGCGUGUGCGUGUUGGCGAGGGGGGAUGAGUGUGUCGCUCAGACCUUGCUGUCCUGCACUGCCAGCCGAGGGAGAAAGGGAAAAUGCACCGAGGCGCAGCGAAGUGUGCGGGCUUGUUUACAGCCCUGAUUCAGGUCAGGUCAGGCUGAAUUUCCAGCUAGCGUUUUGGCAGCUUUUAUGCUCUUCAAGCACUUUACGCGUAGAGCAAGCUAACCGUGCCCCAGAAGCUAAUGAUCCUGCCAGCAUACAUCCAGUGCUUAAAUGGUUUUAAAUCUCCUUUGAGGGAUGGAGGCGGCUUAUUUGUAUCUCUGCAUGUGACCUACGAAAUAAUGGGACUUUUGGUUAUGGUCAGAAAACUGAAUUUCAAUGCCUGUUAGUCGGAUAUCCUUCUCACUUCCACCCGUGUUCCUCCUAAUCCUGCACUGCCAGUACUGUAUCUUCAGCGUGAUGACUUCAAAGUGGAAAUUUCAUUUCCAUAGUCUCUGAAGCUUACUUUAAUGAAUGUGGACGAAUAAUGCUAAUUGUUUUUCUUUGCCACACAACCAGUGAUCUUAAUGAAAUAAGACUGGUAUGCCCUCAAUGCAGUGUUUCAUUUCCUGAACAGAACCACUGGUUUCAUCUUUUUUUUAAAGCUGUAGCAAAUUCUCUGAACUGCCCUGGGUCCUCAGGCACGGCCAGAGGGCCGCAGUUAUUGCUGCAGUCCUGCGACAAUCUUAGAUUCAUGCUGGGAAAGGGACUGGUUCUUACCCAUUGCCAACUUCAGCAUGAACGCACUUAAAGUCUCUCUUCAACGUUUGUAGAUUUUUUGCCGUGACGUUUGUACAGCACACGUAACGGGACCAGCUGCCGUGGUGUUAACCUGCAUUUUCCGCAGCCUGCUGCAGUAUUUUCCGGACUUUCCCCGUAUCUCCUCUCCCUUCCAGCCAGCUCAGCACUAGUCAUACGUGGUGUUAAGUUUACAAUCGUAGUCUCUUGAAGCCAGCGCACACUCGAUCUGUAAUGCACACUAUGCAUGGAGCACAUAAGUGACAUUACGCUCUUAACAGCAAACCCGUGUAAGCAGUCAUGACACACAGCACCCGAAGCAUGUCUUCAGUGGGACUUAAGCAAGACUGAGCGAGAUCUGUUUAAUCACUGAACUCUCAAUCACUCCAAAGUGGUAAUCGGUUACUUUAACUCAGCUUCCACCAAAGACUCUUGUGUUGGGGAGUUGAAUUUUUUGUGGUUGUUUUUUUUCCUCAUGGUGUUAAAUCAAGGCCUUUCGGUACACUGAGAGACUCCAAAGCAUUUUUACAGUAGUAUCUUAACAGUGAAAUCUUGUUCCAGUUCUGAAACACAUUCCUGAAACCUGAUCAGCUGUGUUAGUGUUUCUAAAAAUAAGCCACGGCCUGUAGUUUCCCUUGUAGGUAGGGUAAGUACUGUCACACAUACCUAGAAAUACUCCCUGUGAAGACAGAGGGAUAACGCUGAUCCACUGUUCCCUCAUCCCUCCUCUCCUAAGGCAGAAAUACUCGCUCACAGGGGUGGGGGGACAGGGUGCUUGUUCAGGGCCGGGGGCUCCGGUGUAGGAUGCAGCUGGUAGAGCAUCACUGCACGCCAAGUCCAGCAGGGAAAGAAACUCCCUUGUUUCCACAUGGAGCGGGAACCGGAGCUGAAAGCAUCCGUGGUCUCCAGUAACUGUGACAAACAAUCUGUGAUUCGUGUCCUAAGAGCAGUGUUUCGUUUGCACCACGCUGUUAUUAAGGUAAUUCUUAGCGGUCUUGCAGAUUUGAUGGAGUCAAGUUUUGCACUCCGGGUGUGAUCAUCUGUAUUUCUGGUAAUCAUUAUGAAGAAACCUUUGAGUUGUAUACUUAUGUACAUUUUAUUAAAACUGUAUCUGAUUACAAUA